UGACGUUGAUUGGUUUUUUGUAGGGGAAAAUAUUAUCAAAUGUGUGGGACCUGGCUCUAACGGGCCGAGUGGAGUGCUGCUGGGCGGUAAAGUAACCCCGAGAGAUGAUGCUGUUACUGAUGCUGCUGGGACAUCAUCGUAAACAACAAACGGAUCAUCUUCCUCGCGAAGCGAAUUUAUUCACAUUUCUCGUUUUAUUUUGUGCCUAUUUUCUUCUGCGACAAUGACUACGGCUGAACAGCUCAUCGAGGAUUUUGAGACCUACGGCAUCUCCAUAUCAGAGAAGGAGCUCAUAGAGAAAUGCCUUGAACUAUGCAGUCAGUACAAUGUAGAUGGUGAGGGCCUUGCCAUCUGUUGGAUGGCCUUUGCCAGCAGCAAUGGAUACAGCGACCUAUCUUUAGAGCAUCUUGAACACUUUGAACGUGAUCAGCUAGUAAAGGAAAAGAAGAGUGCAGUCAAGAAAGUUGAAAGUAUUCAAAUGUACGACAUCAAUACCAUCAGUUCUUCGGUCCAAGAUGAUGACGAUUUGCUGGCUGCCUACGGCGGAACUCCGACGACCAAGACAUCCAAGAGGCAGAUCACACCAGACAACAAUGCCACCAAACGUCACAUGAAUUCUGCUCGUUCCAUCUCAGCCCAGUUCUCUCCAGCCACUUUAUCGCCAGCUGUUACCACUCCUUCACAGAAGUACUCUUCACGCACCAAUGCUGGUGGUGUUGUGGCCUCAUAUGGUGAUGUUUCAAAGGCAUCAUGGACUGCCAGCAAGGAUUUUAUACCACAGGUAGAAAUCAUGGCCAUGACUGGAGACACUCCCCUGACUGAAUCAUAUAAGUACAUGUUUGAUAAGCUCAGAGACGUAGCCGAGGUGUUGAACGACACCAUCACAUUAUUGGGAGAGGAGAUAAAGGACGCACUCAAAGUAGAAGAAUAUUCUAGUCUCAAGUCUGCUAGCAAUGAAGUCAUUACUGUUUGUGGGCGGAUUUGUUGCGAUAGCGUAGGUCGUCUCAAUGCUGCCUCGGUGUUGCUGGAAGGAUCUCGAGAAACCAGUGGGGGAGAUGCUGUCCAAGUAGAUCUCUCACAGCUUUCAGAAUUUUCUCUUUUCCCUGGUCAGAUUGUGGGCAUCCAAGGUUUGAAUACAACUGGUAAUAAAUUAGUGGCGCAAAACUUAGUCCCUGGGAAGAUUCUACCUCCACCUGACUCUUCCAUAACCCUUUCCAUUUCUUCAUCAGGUCCUGUGCAAGUAAUUGUGGCAUGUGGCCCUUUCACUACUGCAGACAAUUUAUUGUAUGAACCUCUCACAGACUUGCUCAUGGCUAUCCAAAACAACCCCCCUCAUUUGCUUAUUUUGAUGGGCCCUCUGUUGGAUGUAGCCCACCCACUUGUUGCUAACAACGAGUUGAAUGAAACACACGAUUCUGUGUUUAAUAGAUGUGUAAGCACUAUUACUAAUUCAUUGAAAGACAUUGAAACCAGAGUUGUUUUGGUGUCAUCAAACCGUGAUGCCUGCAGUCACAUGGUGUAUCCUACACCCCCUUACAGUAUUGGUGGCCACCUCACUUGCGUCAGUGACCCUUCAUUGCUAGAAGUUGAAGGAGUUGUGAUUGCUGUCACUGCAACAGACAUACUUUUCCAUUUGGGAAAAGAGGAAAUAUCGUUUCCCCCCCAAGGAUCCGACCGGCUGGGUCGUCUAACUAGUCACAUCCUCCGACAGCAGAGCCUUUAUCCCCUGUAUCCCCCCCCCUCCUGAGGGAAUGUGUGUAGACUAGACCAAAUGGAAACUCAUGCUAGAUUACCUUGUACACCACACCUUCUCAUCCUUCCAUCUGAUCUUCGAUACUUCAUCAGGGACCUAGAGGGUUGUGUUGUGGUAAAUCCUGAGCGGCUGGCCAAAGGUUUAGUUGGAGGAACUUUUGCAAGACUGGAGUUGCAUCCUCCAUCCCAAGAAAGAGGAUCAAUGGUGGGAUCUGUCAAUGCUCAAAUCAUUAAAGUGUGAAGGAAAUGUCACUUGUUUGUAUCAGAAAGCCUUCUUACAAAGCUAGAAAUUCUAAGCAUCCAUAUAAAUGUUUGCCUUGCUUAGAGGCACUUGUACAUGAUUUCCAAGACCUAAAUAUAUGAAUUUAUUACUUUGACUUAAAAAAUUUAGGUUGUCUAGUUAUUUUGAUUUCAGAAUACCCCAGUUUUUAUACAUAAGUUCUCUAAUCUCUAUUAUAUAAUAUCUUGCUAUUUUUAUAUAAUUUUAUAAGAAAUAAAGAGUUUAAUGCAGUCACA